AUGGGCUACCCUCGCUGUUUGGUGCUGUAUAUUACAGCUCUCGUAGCUUUGCCAUUGACGAAUGCGACAAUAUGGCACGCACAAAAUGGAAGCAGCAUCUAUGAAGCUAGAGUUGCGAUACAUGACCCAUCUACCCCUCUCUACGAGAAUUUGACUGGAAUCUCAGCAAACCCUAUGGUAAAAGCCUUACAAUCAGUGAAUUUUUCUUCUUCCGGUUUGCAAAGACGAGCCGACAAUGAGCUUCCUACAGGAACUUGCGCUCCAGGUACACCAUGCGCUAAUGGUGCUUGUUGCAGCAAGACAGGUGUAUGUGGCUAUGCGCCUGACCAGUGUGCACCGGAUGUCUGUCUCUCCAACUGCAAUGCAAAAGCUGAAUGUGGGGAAUACUCGGAGGGCGGCUCUGUGUCUUGCCCAUUGGAGGUUUGCUGUUCGAAAUAUGGAUUUUGUGGAACGACAGACGACUUCUGUGCCGAUGGAUGCCAGGCUGGGUUCGGAACAUGUGGCUCGGUGCCGGAGCCCUCAUGCUCCGGUUCCAGCUCUACAAAAAGGACGAUUGGGUAUUACGAAGGAUGGGCCUCCCAACGAUCGUGCGACACACGGUUUCCUUCCGAUAUUGACGUGACUGCUAUGACACAUAUGAAUUUUGCCUUUGUAUAUUUUCACCCUACAACAUUCGAGAUUAUCCCCAUGGAUGCGGGUGAUGUUGCGUUAUACUCACAGUUCACUGCGCUCAAGCAGAAGAAGCAAUCCUUAGAAACAUGGGUUUCUAUCGGCGGAUGGGCCUUCAAUGAUGCGACAAAUUCCCCUAACACCCAGACAGCCUUCAGCGACAUGUCAUCAUCAGCGAAAAGUCGACAGGUCUUUAUCACAUCUUUGAUUCAAUUCAUGAAUACUUAUGGCUUUGAUGGAGUUGAUAUUGACUGGGAGUAUCCAGGAGCCCAGGACCGUGGUGGAGUCAAUUCUGACACCGCCAACUUCGUGUUGCUUCUCCGCGAUCUCAAGACGGCAUUUGGAGACAGGUAUGGGAUCAGUGUUACACUGCCGUCUUCUUACUGGUAUCUUCGCUGGUUUGACCUCACGGAAAUGGAGAAUUCAGUAGACUUCUUCAACAUCAUGUCCUACGAUAUUCAUGGUGUAUGGGACUCAUCGAGCAAGUUCACCGGUCCUUAUGUGCGCCCGCACACCAACAUGACUGAGAUCAAACUUGGUCUAGAUUUGCUUUGGCGUAGCAGCAUCUCGCCCUCUAAGGUCAACCUGGGUCUCGGUUGGUAUGGACGCUCCUUCACUCUUAAGGACUCAUCUUGCAAUACUCCUGGUUGUAUCUUCAGUGAAGGUGGAGCCGCAGGGGAGUGUACAAAAUCAGCAGGAACACUAUCUAAUGCGGAGAUCCAGCGUGUCAUUGCUACCAAUGAUCUCACACCCACGUUGGAUCGUGAAGCUGCGGUAAAGUGGAUUACCUGGGAUUCUGAUCAAUGGGUCUCCUAUGAUGACGGUGAAACUAUGCAGAUGAAGAUUAGUGCUGCGAAUAACCUCUGCCUCGGAGGAACAAUGAUCUGGGCGGUUGAUCACGACAGUCAAGACAGCAAGAGCAGUAAUGACUUGAUGGGCAUUGGAACCGCUAAUGGGGUGUCCGCUAGCGAUGCCACCAAGCUCCGUGGGCUCCAAAAAACUGCAGAAGCAGCAGCUACCAGACAGAACUCAUGCUACUGGUCCUUCUGUGGCGAUAUGUGUGUAGCUGGAUUCAUUUCUGAAACCUAUGCCAAGGGCCAGGUGGCAGGAAUUGACCUCGAUAUGAAUUGUGAUGGUGAUGAGGUCAAAACGCUCUGCUGCGCUCCUGGAACGAAUACCGGCACUUGUGACUGGUAUGGAUGGCGUGGCGUGGGCUUGCCCUGCGCCACCGGCUACUGUCCGGAUGGAAGUGAUCUUGUCGCGGUGAACUGGUUCGAAAACCUAGCCAAUUCAUAUGUCGACAAUUCAGAGAUGGGAGCUAUCUAUGACUUGACCUGCAACGGUGGUUCACAGUCCUAUUGCUGCUCCGGAUUUGUGCCAUCCUCCUAUUCCAACACUGAUUCAUUGAAAUUGAUUGGGCAAAACGGCAUCACAAAACGUGACGGUGACUUGAUCACAUCCCCCGAUACCAAUCCUGACUUUCCUGACAAGGUUGGUCGCAAAGGAAUCGCCAAACGUGGCUUGUCGUCUUCUGAUGAUGCAUUGUGUAAGUCAUUAGCAACUUUGGGCGCCAUGGUUCUCGGAGGUCAAAUUGUUUGGGCAUUUAGUAAGAUUGUCAAGAUCUCCAUCGGUCUAAACCUCCACUGGAAUAUAGCUAAAGUGAACCCGUGUGCCAAACCAAAUGAGGUUGUUGCUCACGAAAAGGCUGCGGGUGUCAAUGGUGUCAUGGCUUCCGCAGUGUCAUCAUUUGGCCAGGGCGCUGUUGGGCCUGGUAUUACCGAGAUGCAAAGCCCCAAGCUUACUGCCACGGCUCAAGCAACGCAGGCGAAUAGCAUGCGUGGGCCUUACACAGUGCAGAAAUAUAGUGAAGAGGGGGCAAAUUGCGCCGUCACUUACACCUGUAACUAUGGGUGGGGUUUUGACGAGGUACGUCUCCGGAUAUGCGACAACCAGCGGUGGGCCAUUGAAAAAGGUCUUGAUGGGAAGAAUGUAUUUCACUUGGGCAGAUCAGGAAUGACCAUGAAGGACACUUGGAACAACGCGAGAGGAGCCCGCUGGUACAAGGACAAGUCUUUAGUUGGUGGGAGUGGGAAAUUCAGAUCUCGGUCCGUUUGCGAAGUUGACGAGUUUCCUCUUGCAUCUAUGGAAGAGUCAAACAACUAUGCUUAUCAGAUAGUGCGUUUGGUCAAUGGCCCAGCCAAUGCUUUACAUGGUUUGUUCCUCCCAAUCACUUGGCACUACUCGGUUUGGUGGAAGCAGGCUUACUAUGACCCAUGUGUGCGUUUGCGCGGCGAAGGAAAGGGUAAGCUGCCUGUGACUUGGAAAUUCUCUCCCUUUCCCGGCGACGACAAGCGAGGAGGUGCGAUGGUAAAUGCCAAUCAUUUCAUCGAGCGGUACGGGUUUGAUUCUCAAACAUCAAACAGCGAAUGCUUCGCAACCUACAAGGUGAAUGGAAGAAGCACAACCGCUUCAGACCAAGGAUUCCGCGCAUUACCAGAUGACCCAAUGUAUGCCCACCCUUUCGACUGGCCUACCUUCAACAAUUUUAAAAUUUCACCCUCGUCCAAUAAUCUUCCAACAAAUAUUGUGUCCGUGCUAUGGUUGAAGCGCGAGAUAGCCCGCUCUGUCCUCCAACAAGAUCUUCCCCUAUCAGCCAUUGCCGAAACAGAGGAAGCAGCCAAUACUCUCAAUGCAAAGAAUGAUCCGCCAGAGCCGAAUCCAACGGAUCCUGCCACAUAUUCAGACUACAUAAACUGGGAGUCAGAAGCGAUAAGUCACCAACCACUUGAUAGUGAAAUUCCUCAGGAAACUGGAAGU